AUGAAUCUGUCAAAUUAUACAUCAAGUCUGCAGAAGAUACUGAGAACCGAAGAGAUAGUUGAUAGAGAAGCUCCUUACGUUCCGUCUUUCUCUUCUCGCGGACCAAGUUUAAUUAUCAAGAACCUCUUGAAGCCUGACGUAAGUGCACCUGGACUAGAGAUCUUGGCUGCAUUUUCUCCGGUAGCUUCUCCUUCGAGGAACCCUAAGGACGAGAAGUGUCAGGUUUAG